UUGUUGGAUUAGCGUGUGAUAAAGAAUAGAAUAGAAUAGAAUAGACAUUUUGCAGCUAAGCUGCCUGACCAGUCUUUCCAUAGAAACAAUAAUGAUGACUUGGUUAAAUCUUCUUGCAAAAGUGCAGUCUUUACAUGUGCUAUCUUGUUACAGGAAAGCAUCAGGUGAAAAGAAAAGGGCUUCAGCGCAACAGAGGCUGGCAAAGCAUAGGGCAACAGUUUACAGCGAUCCAAUCUUGCAUGAGGAACACAAAAGGAAAGAGAGAGAAAGGUAUCAAAAACGUAAGGAAGCUGGUAAACUCAAAACUACUAAAGAUCUGACAAGCAAACAGCUCGAAAGAAGAAAGCAACAAUGGCGGAAGAACUCACAAAAUUAUUACAAAAGAAAAAAGCAGCAGCAAGUACUUCUGGACUUGACACCAGAAUCAUUUGUCAGUCAGGAGAAUAUGGAGAAUGGAAGUACUGAGAAUGAUGGAGCACAAAGAGAGGAAGCAGACCCUAAUCCUGACAGAACACCACUGAGAGCCCUCCAAGAACAUUUAGAAAUGACAGGACCAAUGGAUACAUCAACCCCCGAGAGGGUGCUGCCAUUAAAAAAGAGAGAAGGGCCACGAGCACUUGUGGGAAAAUUGAGAAGAAAAUUAAAAUGUGCAGAAGAAAAAUGUGAGGCAAAAACAGCAGAAGUGUUGAAACUUAGAAGACAACUAAGAAGACUGAUGGCCAGUAAACAAAGAGGAACAAGGGGGACACUGCCAAGUACCAAUCAAGAAGUCAGGGUCAGGCAGUCUGCAAAGCAGAACAAUGGCAAACGGAAACAGCUGUCAAAGAUUCUGAGCAGCUUUUUACACCGGGAUGAUGUCUCCACAGUCAUGAAUGGAAAAGCUGGGGAGAUUCGGCGCAGGGGACAAAUCUUUAGAAAAAGAGCCCUAACAGACACGCUAUCCAAACUACAUAAGCGAUUCCUUACUGAACAUCCUGAACAUCCCGUGUCCAGAGCUCAGUUCUUCAGAUUGAGGCCAUUUUGGAUUGUGAGACCCACCAUUACAGAAAGGGAAACAUGCGCAUGCAAAAUGCAUGAGAACAUAAAUCUAAAGGUGAAAAGGCUUCAUGAACUGGGGAUCAUAGAAACAUCAAGCCCCGAAGAUCUUGUGAAGCUGAGUGUGUGCGACACAGGAAACAUGUCCUGUAUGUAUGGAAGAUGUAAGGAAUGCAGCAAAAAAAGCUUCACUGCAACUUAAGAUCCCCUCAUUCAGGGAAACAUUGUUGUGUGGCAGGAGUGGCAAACAAGGUCUGUCACUGUAACAAAGACCCACAGAAGUGGUGCAGCAGAGGACAAGGAGACCAAGAAAACCCUGCUUGAAAGUAGGACAUCCUCGGUUGAGAGGUUACUUGCCCUGACAAGAGAACAGCUGCCAUCUUUUGCCAUCCAUCUCUUUAAUGUAAGUCACCAGUAUAAGGCAAUUAAGGCAAUGAAAGAUAGCCUGGCAGAUGACGCUGUAGCCAUACACAUCGACUACAGCGAGAACUACAGCUGUAAAUAUGCCAGGGAGAUUAAGGAGACCCACUUUGGCACCGGAAAUGACCAAGUCACCCUCCACACUGGGGUAAUUUACCUAAGUAGGGACAGGGUGGAAGCGUUUGCUUCUCUCUCAGCCUGCCUACAGCAUGAUGCUGUAGCGACAUGGGCACACCUUGACCCAGUUUUGAAGCACAUAAGGAAGAAGUAUCCUGAAGCCUACAACAUACACUUCAUUUCAGAUGGCCCAACAUCUCAGUAUCGCAACAAAUCUUGCUUUUACUUGGCCUCCACCGUGCCCUUCAUGCACGGAUUCAAAUCUGUGACUUGGAAUUACACGGAGGCUUCGCAUGGGAAGGGUGCUCCAGAUGGAGUGGGUGGGGCUUUGAAAAAUCUUGCAGAUAGAAUAGUGUCUUAUGGGACCAGCAUUCCAAAUGCAGAUUCUCUGUAUGAUCAAUUGAAGGUCAACUCCUCAGUGACUCUCUUCAAAGUGUCUGAAGAGAAGAUAAAGGCCAGCAGCGAGUUGAUGCCUCCAAAUCAGAAAGUGGUCCCUGGAACACUGAAAAUACACCAACUAACAUCAACAAAACCAGGAGUGAUCGCAACUAGGGAGGUAUCCUGUUUUUGCGACAAAAGUUGCUACCCAACAGUAACUCAUUUGCUUUCUGAUGACGGAGAGGAACCUGAUGCCACUGAGACCAUCAAGGUUGGGCAGUUGGUACUCGUCCAGUACGAUGGCGACUUGUACCCAGGAAAAGUAACACAGAUUGCUGAGGGGCAAUAUGAGGUGGAGACAAUGAGCUGCAUUGGGGAGAACCGUUUUUAUUACCCCUCUAAAAGAUACCCUGGAGAAGAUGUUUGGUACUAUCGGCAAGACAUCAGGGAAAUAAUUCCAGAACCCCUACCUGCCACCUCCUCUGCUCGGCACUUUUGUGUCUUGCCUGACAUUUGGGCAAAACAUAAAAACGCAUCUUAAUUGUUUUUUUGAUACAUUCACACACUCGUGCACUGCACACACUUACUCAACUCCGGCUGGCUGUGGCACAUAGACAUUUUGACUGACACACACACACACACAUUUUUCAUGUUUGAAUGCCUGAAUGAAUGCACAAGACAACAAAUGAAUGAAUGAAUUCACCAAAG